AGUUUUCGGGACAGAUCUAUUCAAGAAUUAAAUCAAAGCUUUGUUAUUGCGUUUUGGUUUACGGACGAAAAGGUUGUGUUGCACAUUUGCGUACACGAGGCUGAGUCGGCCAAGACCCACUACCUACUACAUUGGACUCCGCCCCCAACUCAUCUGAUCAUGAACGAGAGCCGCCCACGCAAGAUUUUAAACACAGUCUCCUUGAUCUUUCGCCAAGGAAAGGACUUGCUUGUUUGCAGAUCCAUCUUAUAUGUGACGACCAUGACUGUCAAGAUAGAAGAAGACAAGACAGACGAACUAGGUUUGGAGAAUGGAUCAACCGAGUCGGUAUCAUUCUGGAGUUUCAUGAACGACGAUACCAAGAAAUUAGUCGAAGAAGAGUAUAAAAAGGCCGAUGAAUGCGCGACGUUCAAGAAAUGGUCGAAGGCAGAGCAGAUAAAGAUCAAAACGGCAUCAGUAGAAGAGCUGGAAGAUCUGAUGAACAAGUUCAGAGACCAAGCUGUUCGAGAACAAGACCGCUAUAAACAUGAUACCUCUCAUGGGUCUAGAGCCGAGCGCGGAAUCAUGAAGUUUUUGGAUGAUUUCAAUGGCUAUGUCCAAGCUUAUAAAGGAGUAGUAGAUGUCAUGAAGGGAGCGGGGUUUGGUCAGGGAGAAGCGGCAUACGGCGCUUUACAAUUAUUUUUAGUAACGGCCGUCAACAAGCAGAAGACCGAAGACUUUAUCGACAAGAUGCUGGUCGAACUUGGCCAGCAGUAUGAUCGAUUGCAAAGGGUAAAACCGGCCUACCCGACAGCAGAGAUGCAAAAGUACAGAGCAGUUUUAUAUCGAUUAGGCGUGGAGUUCCUCCACGAAGCUGCCCGGUACUAUUUGAUGAGCCCAUUUCGCCGGCUAGGUCAUCUGAUCGCCCGCCCACCUAGUAUAGGGGUCCAAAGAAUCGUCGAAGACAUCAAAAACGCGAUCCGCGAAACAGAAAGGGAGAUGCGGGCUAUCGAUGGGGCAAGACUUAACCAAAUGGAACGGACCCAAUGGCAGAUAGCACGUCGACAAAAAGAGGACAGAAUGACGCUAGAAGAGACCAAUACAUUUUUGGCCGCAUUGCAAACUGCGCGCGAUAACGACAGAUUGGACAUCCUACGUCGGCUCCUCCACCUGGAUACUUCCGACAGUGAUACGGACUUGGUAAAAUAUCGAGAGAGUCUCCUAGAAACAUUCCACUAUCCUAGGAAACUCCCGCCGUUGGAUGUUGACGAACAAGUGUUUAGUCGACCGGAUUUUAUUGCGUGGAAAGAGAAAAUUGGCUCCUCCCUCUAUUUUAUACAUGGUGCGACUGUAGCCCCGGAGCAGACGGUUUAUGGUUGGCUAUCCCCCGCAGCUGUUCAUUUGGUCAGCACCUUUGACUCGGCUUUUGGUGGCCGCAAAGAGUCUUCCGCACUCUUAUGUCAUUACCUGUUCCGGUCACCAGACGCUAUCAGCUCGAGCCAGGAGCGAACGGCACCAACCGUUGUCAUCUCAUCCAUCAUCCAUCAGGUGCUGAAAUCUGAAAUGGGCAAGCGUAUCACCCGUAAUGAAGACAGCUUCGCGUUCCUCAAGCAGAGCAUAGAUGCGUUGGAGAAAAGCUCGUCGAAACAAAUAGGGGCAAGGUGCCGGAAGCUAAAUAACGUGCUGAGCGGCAUGUUAAAGGAGCUAGAUGUGAAGUGCCUAGUGAUUGUAAUCGAUCGUCUAGACAAAUUGCAACUAGGGAUGGAGAACGUGAUGGAAAUUUUGGUGGAUUUGAUGGAGAAGACCAAAACCGCCCUGAAGAUAUUCCUGACAGCUCGAUCUCGCGCGGCCUUUGAAGAUGAGGACAUAAGAGAGCGACUGGGUGGACAGUACACUAGGGUAACACUGAAUCAAGAUGAUUGA